AUGAGGGAUGUUUGGCGAAGACAACACGAAAAGAUUGAAAAAAGCUUGAAAUCCGGAAUGGCUGUGGAAGAUAUUCCUACUCCAUCAUUAUGGUAUUAUGAUUUACUCAACUUCUUGAAAGAUCAAGAGACGACUAGAAGUUCAAUAACUAACAUUAAAAUAGGAAACAAAGAUCGGGGACCUGUCGAUGAGGAAUUAGGAAUAAAUAGAAAUGAAGAUGUAGAUUCUGAUAUAUUUUCGGAGUCAACGCAAUCACCAGCACCCUCAACAGUGUCUACUACGGCAUCUCGUGAUAGUAAUAAAAAAAAGAAGAGACCAAGAGAAGAUAUUCUUAGUAAAAUCAAUGCUCAUCUCAGCGAACCUAUUCUGAUAGACCGCUGGGAACAUACAGCAAAAUCAUGGGCUGGUAUUUUAAAGAGUUUACCAAAUGAUCAACAAAUUUUUGCGGAGAAAUUAAUUAACGACGUUUUGUUUGAAGCACGAAUGAAUUCCCUCUCUCGUCAAAGUCGUAUUGAUGUAAAUCAUAAUGUUAAUAUACAAUUGCUUUCUAAAAAUGAAAAUGUUCAAAGUGCUCAUAAUUCAAAUGCUACUACUGAUGAUACUUUUUUACAAAACCUUUUGAUAAAUCCUGUGAGUGGUCAAUUAAUUCAUGUUCCUCAGGAGACGAACAAUCAGUCACUAGAAAUUGCAGAAACCCGAUUGCUCAAUUCUAAAACAUCUCAAAACUUACGAUGUAUUUUAAUAAUUUUCAACCACGAUGUAUAA